UUGUCCACUUUGCGUCGAGCAACCGAUGCACCGGAUUUGCCUCAAAGGUCUUAUAAAGUCUACCCAAAUUCUGGAACAAAUCAUUAUUGUAAACGUUCACGACGUUUUGUGCAAACGAACUCGACGAAUUUUAACGAUAAUGUUCAGUGUAAAGAAUCAAAUUUGAAAGUUUCCGAUUGGUUACCGCUGCAGUAUGAUCAUCCUUUCAAUGGUGGAGACGUUGAAGUUAAUGGCAACGAACAUAUUGGUAACGAAGAUAUUUCGAUGUUUCUUCAUGAAGCAUUGGAGGCGUGUGAUGAGUUCAAUUGUAGCCACAGAACGGAGCGAAGAAAUUUCGAACAAGAAUUAAUUUUCAAAAUUAACGAAAUUCUGAAGACUGAGGAAGGUAGAGCUCUGCAUGCCCCGAGAGACAUCAUAUUACGACAGACGGAAGAUAGUCGUAUAUCACGUGAAACGGCACAUCCUCAUAAUGAUCUUCCUCAGUCAUCGGAUUACUCUACGCGGGGCAUUAGCCUGUCACAUGACGGUGAAGUGGUCAUUGACGAUGACAUUCACAAGAAUUCCUGUAGAAACGACCAGAGGUCCCCAAUACCAUCCCAAGAAAAUUACGGUUCUAAUGUGAACAAACGCCAUAUUGACAAUAUGUUACAUCGAGGUGAUUCCUACAUGGUCAUGAAGGAACAAUUCGCGGCGGUAUCACUUGAAUAUUGGGGAGGACAUUCGAUUGACAGUGUAGAACACACGUUAUCGCAAUCAGAAUGGUUCGGAUCCCCGAAAUGGCAACAGCCGUUAUCAAAUCAACAAGAUUGGUUCAACAAUGGCAUCAUCCAAAGUCCUGAUCAAAUGUUAUAUGACGACUACGCAUAUGUGUGA